UGGGCAAUUUGAUCCCAAAUUCAGGUUGAGGGGCAUUUUCAGCUUGGGUUUGGAUUUUAGUGAGAGAAAGAGGUGAGGGAGAUGCUGGUGGUAAAUUGUGGAGCCAUAGGGGUUCUUCCUCGGAGGCUUCCAUGGACGAAUGUGUGUCUGUGUUCGGCUUCCAACAUGGGUACCGACCAAUUGCGUGCCCAACUCGAUCAGCUUCACUAUGAGGCCAACAAUGCUAGAGCCAAAGCAAAUAAUGCACGAUUGAGGCUUAUGAGAUUAUCAGAGGCAGCAGAGAGGCUUCGACGACAGGCAGCUAUUAGCGUUCAAACUGGAAAGGAAAAUGAAGCAAGGGAGCUGCUUUUUCAAAAGAAGAAGGUUAUGCAAGCUUUGGAGAAGUCUAAAAGUCGCAUUGAGUUGCUUGAUGAGCUUUCAGCAAAGCUUAAUGAGGCAAUAUCUGUAAAGGAAUCCCAGCUAAUUAAUAACGUUUCUUUGGAUCUUGAAGUUGGUGGAGAAGAUGCUUUAAGUCCAGUUAGGAUUGUUUCUCCAAAGGAGGAAACUACUGAAAAUUCAAAUGAAAAUGAGUAUUUUGACUUUAGGCCCUCAGAAGUUGGAAAAGGUCAAGAGGAACAAUUUCUCACUGACAAUCAAGCAAGUGUACUCCUUAAUAGUGAGGAUAUACAACAAGGCAAUGUCAAUGUUGGCAUUUGGGAUAAAGAUGACAUGAUUGGAAGUUUGCAACAAAUAUCCUCUUAUCAGAGCUUCCUGGAACAUCUGGACCAACAACUUAGCAAAAUCGAAGGUGAACUUGUAGCUGUCUUGAGGCUCUCAACCUUGAUAUUGGAAAAUGAAGGGAAGCCAAAAAAUUCAAAGUUGCAGCAAACAAUGGAUAUCCUUGAGAGCGUCCGUGGCAUUAGAUUGAGACACUGUUUAAAAUGCCCUUAUUGCAGAAUUACAAGUAUCAUGCAGACAAAAGAAGCGAGAUAGAACUUCCAUUCACUAUGCUGAAAUUUUCUUUGGGUGGUGUAGUUAGAAGACUGGGAAAGAAAUAAUUUGAUGCAAGUAUCUGGAUGAAACUUCCCGGACACAAUAUGUACCAGCCGAUUCUUUCACAGGAAGAUGGCUACCAUGACAGUAAUGUAUAUAUUUCCUUUUUUUUUUUUGUGACAAAAUUGUACAAAUAUGUAAUUGAAUUUGCAACAAUUUUGUGAAGCCCCCUCAUGCAUGGUUUUACUUGAAUAAAAACCCUGCAAUUUUUGUACUUGUUUUCUAGCAUGUUUUCAAGGAUGAAUGAAGAUUAUUGUAUUUUAUUACCCA